UAUGGAAAUAUUUCGUUUAAAAAAUAUUUCGUUAAUCAUAAUUCAAAAUGGAAGACAUAGCUCACUCGGAAACAGAGGAGGAAUGUCAAGGCAAGAAGUUGUUACGAUCUUGGUUGAAUAAAAGUAUGAAAGUACAGAUGACAGAUGGUAGAACUUUGAUAGGUAUAUUUUUGUGCACAGACAGUGAGAGAAACGUGAUUUUAGGCUCAUGUGAAGAAUAUUUAAAACCUCCAGAUCAAGUGGAGAAGAAAGAAGAGCCCAGAAUUCUAGGUCUAGCAAUGAUCCCUGGUCAUCAUAUAGUAAGCAUACAUGUAGAUGAAGACAGAGGAACUCCUAUGCAAAGUGUCAUGUGACAGGUCAUGUGAUAUAUCACAUGACAGGUAGAAGAUGUCAGCCAUUUUGAAGGGGAUAAAAAGGCUGACACAGUGUUAGGGAAUGACUUUUAAGAAAUUGAGAGAGGUGAAGAGGAAACAUUCUGUGAUAGAAGAGAAUAAACUCUUCAUAUGCUGCAACUGUGCUACAGCCUAAUGUUAAAUACUUGUGUUUUAUUGCAAGUGAAACUUUAAAAUAUGACAUUAUAUGUUAUAUCAAUGAUUUUACGGCAGUUUUGUAAAGGUUAUUAAUGUAUCAGUUUAUUAAUGAAUUAAAAAUAGUACAGCAUUUUUCUUCCUUUUAAUUGAUUUUGCAGCUUAUUAAC